AUGUGUAAACAUGAUCCUAAUUCAAGAAUAACAUCAGGAGAGAUUAUCAGAAUUCUCACACCCUAUGAAGUCAAAAUAACAGAAUUUGGAAGAGCAAAGAGCUUCUAUACAGAAAAAGAAUACGAAAAAGCACUGUUGAUUUUGAAUCAAAUUAUUGAAAGUGACCCAACAAAAAGCAUUUUUCUCCAUCAGAGAUACCUCACAUUUAAAAAAUUAAAGAAUUAUGAAAAGGCAAUUGAAGAUUUGAAUAGAGCUUUAGAAUUGGAUCCCAACAAUGCAAGUUAUCUGAACAGCUUGGGUGUUUGCUACAAGGAAGGAGGUUGUGUAAAAAAAGAUUGGGAUAAGGCUAUUUCAUUAUUUGAAAGGUCUCGCAAUGGACAAGCAUUUUACAAUUUAGGAAUAAUUUACAAAACGCGUUUUUCCAAACAACCAAAGUAUAAGAAGAAAGACCCUUUAAUCGAAAGAAGAAUGAAUGAAGCAUUCUUAUUGGGUGCUGAAAAGGAUAACAAGUUAUGCCAACAAGAAUAUGGGCUCCUUUGCUUGAAUUGUAACGAUUAUUUGAAAGCAGUGGAGUGGUUGAAAAAGUCAGACACUCCACUAUCCAACACAUAUUUGGGAAAUCUCUAUAUGAAUGGUUCUACAACAGUACAAAAAGAUCCAAGAAAAGCCUUUGAAUACUAUUCAAAAUCCAACACCAUUUCAUAUCAUGCCUAUUGUUACGAAGAAGGUAUUGGAACACAAAAAGACCCACAAAAAGCUUUUAAAAUGUAUCAAGAAAAUGAAAGGUUGAUGGAUUGUAAACUUGGAAUGGGAAGAAUGUAUUUUAAAGGUUGGGAGGGAACAAACCCAGACUAUCAGAAAUCAUUCAAGUAUUGCACUGAAGUAUUCGAAUAUUGUAUAAAUACUAAGGACAAUCAAGACUUGAAAAACGAAGCAAUGUAUUACUUGGCAGAAAUGUACUAUUAUGGGAAAGGAAUACCUGAAGAUGAGCUAUUGCACCAUACUGAAAAGGCUGCUAGUUAUUACAAUUUAUUAGUUUUUGUGAAUAAGAAU